AGCGACGGCAGCAGCAGACAGUGUGGCAACGUUGCCUAUAAACUCGUUUCGAAAACGGAUGUUAGACCUGUAGGCGUUAUGAAGUGUGAACCGACUGACGUCCGCGCGUAGACAGCCGAGCGGCUACCAGAGUGAGAUAGCACCAGCCAGCAGUCGGGCGAGUUUCUCUCGCACAACCUGUCCUGUUGCCACCGCUCCUGCGCCACCUGCGCCCUUGGCACCCCCUCACAACCAUGUGACUGGACGGCGACGACGAGUCAUCGCACACUUGCUGGGUAGUAAUCGGUGUGUCUAUGGGUGUGUGUGUGUGUGCGUUAGUCAGGUCAGCGCCGACUUCGGCUUGAUGGAUGUGUGUGCGACGAACGUUCGUUCGCUCGCUCGCUGCUCGGACGGAAUCCAAGGAGGCAGAGAUAUUUAUGAAAUAAUACCACACACCACUCGACUGUGUAUGCUGCUAACGUUUGGUCAUAUCACCCAUCCUCUCUCGGCGCGUUUGGUUUUUCGGAGUGCUUUUCAGAGACAGACACACAGAGCAGCAGAAAUGAGUUUAAAUGGAAAACAUUAAUGUGCAGCACGGUCUCGGGCAAAGUAGUUUCGUUUUCUGCGGUGUGUACCCCACGGGAAGUCGAGUCAAUUUUUCUGUUUCGAUUUCGUUUGGUAAAGUGUUGAACAUAUACGAGAAGCUCCCGAGUGCGGCGUAAACUAAAAAGCCCCCAAACCACAAAAGCAGACAAGUGCCGUGAACAAUUUUAUCAGUUUUGUUAAGUGCAACAGCAGCAGCAGCAGGAAUAAAUAUAUGUAUAUUUAUAUAUCUGUUUGUCCGCACCAGUGAAGUGAAUCGCGCAAGCAAGUGACAGUAGGCCGCGUACUUUAAGUGUGUGAGCGGAUUGAAUGUGUAAAAAUUACGAAAAUAGUUCGAUAAUGGCGCACGGACUACAUGCGAUAAUAAAAAACGAGAUUGGAUGCAGCAAUAAUAGCAAACCACGCAGCAUGGAACAGCAGCAGCGACCUGGAGGCGGGACCAGUUCGGGCGCCGCUGGGAAAAUGGGCUCGAGGAGAAUAUUUACGCCCCAGUUCAAGCUACAAGUGCUGGACUCGUAUCGGAACGAUAGCGAUUGCAAGGGAAACCAGCGGGCCACGGCACGCAAGUAUGGCAUCCACAGGAGACAGAUCCAGAAAUGGUUACAGGUUGAGAAUAACCUUCGCUCGGCGGCCGCCAAUAGUGCCACUGCCAACACCACUGCCAGUGCCAUGAAAAUCAAUCUGAUGAGCAGCACCAGCAUCAACAGCAGCAGUGGUAAUCAUCAUCAGCCACAGUUCCAGCUUCAUCCACAACAUCAUCAUCAUCACCAUCACAUUCAUCAGCAUCAGAAUCUGAAUUCCAUUGAACUGAAAGUGCCUCUGGAUUCAACCAGACACCGCGUCGCUCAAAACGCCAGCUCAAACAAUAAUAACAAUAACAACAACAACGGCCACAGCAAAGAGAGCAGCGCUUGUAUAAUAUCGCCCGUUCCCACUCACACAACAGCAGGGCCAGUGUCGUUCUCACAUCCACACCACGAAACAUCGUCGUCGUCAGCAAGUCUAUCGGUACUUAAAACACACAGCCGUGAAUCGGCGGCAGCGGCGGCGUUCGUAUCUGCGAGCCAAGUGGUGCGACCAGCUUUUUCACCUGUUUCCGGUGACUUUCCGGUUGCCCCCACGCCAACCCAUCUUCCCUUCGAUCGGCUUAAUCUGCUCGACCCGUACUAUCAUCAUCAGCAGCAUCACUAUCAGCAGCAGCAGCAGCAGUAUGUGAAAUACGCGCUCGACUGCCCCAUCGAUCUGUCGCUUCCGCAGCAAUAUCGCAGCAAGGUGGAACCCGCCCUGUCACCCUGUUCUACAAUUUCCUCCCUCUACUCAUCCCGCCCCGAAUCAUCUUCCACGCCGCCGGCCACGCUUGACAUCAAGUGCGAAUAUUCGAGCCGCCAACUCGGCGAAGAAACCGAUUGCGAAGCAGUCGACCUCUCCUGCCGAAAGCGCAAGUCAAACCCCGCCAGCGAUGAUUCCGCCGACGGUCCAAGUCCCCCCAAAUCGGUCAAACUAUUCAAGCCAUACCUGCUGGGCGACGACAAGGAGGACGACAAAGACGACAAGGACUCCUCGCUGGACUCGCCAUCCGUCGCCGGAUCACCCGGCCGGAGACCCGAGUAUCCCAUCAUUUGGAACUUUCAUGCCCACCAGCGGUACUACGAGAGUCUGUACGAGUACAACAGCAGCCCACCGUAUCUCGCAACCCAGCAACCUCCACUCACACCCAUCCCACGGACGACUCUCUUCAGCAGCACCGGUAGCAGCACCAGCAGCAGCAGCAUCCUUUCGCCAUCGCCCCCAAACAGCAGCAUCCUCCACUGGGCGCCACCCCAGGCUUCGCCCGUGUCCGGCUACGACAGUUCUACCUCGAUCUCGUCCGUCUACAGCAACAGCGGCAGCAUCGAUGGGCGCGGAGGCGACGACGGCUACAGCUAUAGUCUCGAGCUGCGCCAGCAGGCCAUCGAUAGCUACUAUCACGAUGUGAGCUGCCGGGGGGAUUUCCACGCCGUCGCCUCCAAGUACAACAUCAACCGGAAGUACGUCGAGCGUUGGCUCGCCCAGGAGGACCACAUUGCGGCGGCAGCACCACCGCCGCCCACACUGCCCCAAGCCGUGGUAGGGUAAGAAGCCAUAAACAUUGUUUUUUUUAAAUUGUAUCUAAUCAGAGCUAGGAUUUCGUAAACACACGACACACACAUCUACAGUGCGUGAUAUUUCUAUAAGCGCACCCAUAUAAUUCAACUGUUUGGGUGCUACUAAUAGCAUUUUUAAAAUAAAAACAGCCUCUAUAAGAGCUUUGAAUAUCUAGUAAAUUUCACUAUUGAAUGUCCCAGUCCAGCUGUCACCAGUUAUUUUAAAUUAUGAAAAAACAUUUUCGGAGUAGAAAUUCCUAUAAGCGCACCUCAUGUUUUAUUCUCAAAAAAAAAAAUGGGUGGGUUCUAUCUAUGAUAUAACCGCAAGAUUGACGAGGAACAACCGUUGGCUUAGUAAUCAUUUGUUUGUAUUGAUUGAAUGAGUGUUAUUUUCGUACCCACAUUCGUAGUCCGUGUUAGGAAUGUCGUAAAGUGAUGUCGAUUUUCCCAGGCUUCACGGUUUUGCAGUCCGUAUUGAGGAAAAACAUUCCGGUAUGUACAAAUGCACACGAGUGCGAAAGUGCUCCCGGGUUGCAUGUAUUUGCAAUACCGACUUCCCCAUGAAGUCUGUGUUGGGGAAACCGUAUUCCGCUGUUACUCUGGUUACUCCACCUGAUCGUAACCGUUUGAGAAGCACAAAUUGGACCAAUCAAAACCUGGCACUUAACGCGUUUGGAUAAUGGUUUACAUUUCACAAUUACUCAACUGUUUUUCUCAAGAAAAGUAAAAUUAUUCAUUGUAAUAAAUGCGUAGGAAUAUUUCCAAUCAAUUGAUGCAAACAUCUUUGGCUUAAUGCUUAAGUAGAAUAAGGAUUCCAAAUCUUCCUUUUUUCUACAUGCUCAGUGUUUAGAUUUUCAUCUUCUUCUUCUUCUUCAAUGGCAUUAACGUUCCUAGAGGAACUUCGCCGUCUCAACGUAGUAUUACUUACGUCAUUUUUAUUUGUACUUAGUUGCAUUCUGAGUGGCAAGCUCUAGAAUACGCGUGAUCACAGUGCAAGUCGGAGGAAAUUUCUUUGACGAAAAAUUCCCCCGACCAGAACGGGAAUCGAACCCGAACACCCGGCAUGUUAGUUAUGACGCUAACCACUCGGCCAAGGGAGCACAGAUUUUCAUUUUACCCCCCAUUAACAAUGUGCUACGUCAAAAUAGAUUAAAACAAGGAACUGAUGGAACUUCAAUAUUUGGUGGUUUUCCAUUGUUUCUGAACCGUUCCAUAAAUUUGGUUUGACAUUGCAUCAAUCCGAUUACCCAGCAUUCUUUGUGGAAUUUUAUUCUGCUCAUCUGGACCACAUGUCUGCAGCUCACGAACUGUUGAACAAAUUGUCGUCAGUCACUGCAAAACUUGCCUUGUCAGAAUCCCCCAACAAAGGUUCUCAAUAAGGUUUCACACCGUGCUACGAGCUGGCAUGGCCACAACCUAAAUGUUUCUCCUUCGGAAAACCAUGACAGCGACUUCUUGCUGAUGUGAAUGGCCGCAUUAUCGUACGUUAGAAGUCGAAAGCAGACAAAAGGGAAGUUUCUCAUCGUGUCAUCUACAACGGAAUUUCACCCGAGACUCAACUCGAAUCGGCAAAUUUGUAUCCGUUUUUCUUUAGUGGUGUGCUAGGAAAUGACAGACCACUUUCGUCUGGAGCGUGCCUGGACAGUUCGCCUCGUUACUUUACUUUUGUGGCAACAGUCCGUUCACCGUACCAGCGCCGAAUGAAUUAUUAAUGUCCAGUACCGUCGAUCUUGGGUAGCCGUGCUCCAGUUGCCUCGAACACCGACGGCUCGUGCAUCUUACUCAACAGCACAUAACCAUCGGGAGCGGGGUCUACGCCCUCUUCCUUGCUCUCUGCUGAAAAUAGUUUUGGUGGCUUUUUCAUUCGACAUUCUGGUCACAUGUCCAGCCCAGUCCAGCAACUGAGUACGUAAUCCGUGGAAAGUUCUGCUAGCGGUUGGAAUUCGUCUUUUGACACCCUGACGGUUCACAUCGUUGUCACAUGUCACGGGUGUACCAAGAUAUACAAAUUCCUCAACCACUUCGAAUCGUUCCCCAUCCAAUUCCAUCUCAGCACCAACAGCCACUGGGACUUCCGCGCGCUCUACCAGCUACCAUGAUGAGAUGAUGAGUCUCAACCUAGUCACUUCGCUCUCUCAAAGGGCCUACAACUCUCUUCUGCCCUACGGUCGAUCCCGAUGGUAUCGAUGUCAUCCGCAAAACGAAGAAGCUUGUGCAAUUUUGUGAUGACACGUCUGCUCUUCGUACUGCACUUUCCAGUGCAACGUUUGAGAGCGCAUCACCUUGCUUCAAUCCAUUUAACGUUACGAUAGCAACUGAAGUCCUACUAUCCGUACGCAUGAUUUGAAUCCCUACAGCGUCAUUCGGAUCAGCUUCAUUAGUUUCGUCGGAAAAUUGUGUUCCAGCAGUAUUUGUCGAAGCUCGUUUCGUUUGACUGAAUCGUACGCCGCCUUGAAACCCACAAACAGAUGGUGAGUCUGCAGGUUUUAUUCCAGGAACUCAUUUAGGAUCUGUCGCAUGGUAAACACUUGGUCCGUCGUUGAGCGUCCCAGCUUGGUAUUCGCCGACAAAGGGUUCCGCUAACGUUCUCAAUCUGGAGAUCAGGAUACGAAAGAGCACUUUGUACGCAGAAUUGAGUAACGUAAUGGCUCGAUACUUGCUACAAUUAAGUCGACGGCGCAUUUUUGUAGAUGAGGCAAAUGAGACCUUCCGACCUAGUCGUUUGGCAUUUGUUCAUCCACCCAAAUUCCUACUACCAUCCGAUGGAUCGAAUCGUGGAACCGCUCGCUUCUCGCUUUUGAAAGUUCGACCAGGAUACUGUCCUUUAUCGUUUGUUGGUGUGUAGAUGUUGAUCAGGUUGUAAUAGAAGAAUUUGCCCUUAAUCUUCAACACACAUAUACGGUCAAUUUGUCUCGUUAUUAUUUGAAUAUGGCGCCUUUCAACCUUUCUGUCGACAUUGUGCUGAAAAAACUGCAGGGAUUUGAUAUAACCAAAGGCGCGGACCUGAUCGUCUAUCUCCGUUUUUCAUCACGAACUGUGCCGAUGUGCUUACCUCAUCCCACAUCGCUUUCCAGUUCAUGUGUUGUUUCGCAAGUUCCAAUCUCGCCUGUGCGUGCCUUGGAGUAAGGUUAGGUUUCUUCGCCUUUUUAAGGGUAAACCUCGUCCAGAUCCUCGUUAAAUUUGAGAUACACGUCUUUCGGAUAUGGAAAGAUCAUGCUUCUGCUUUAUUCUCGAGGCAUUCGAGGCUUUCCAGUCUCCUCAAGUUCUGGUUUGGAAUCUUGGAGUUGACUUUGUUUUUCUUCCAUAUGUCAUAUUCGGGACCUUUCUUGGCAAAAAUUCUUACCUCUGUUUCUCCUCCGUUAUCCUUCAAUUCGCAGAUUCAUCCCCGCUCCGUUCAGUUUCAUCUAAGAACAUUCCUUACAGCAUCAUGCUUAAAAAUCAUGUCCGAAACACUACACCGCCAAACUGAUUAUGGCAUAAGGCACUAUAACCUUAUCUUGUUGAUUUGACAGGUGGUCAAGAUAUUGUCAUUAAGGUUGGGUAAAUAUACAAAUGUCAACUGCGCGUAUAGGAAUUUCGCUUCAAAAUAUUAAAAAUCUUAUUCCAAAAAAUACAAAAACACUAAUGGCAGCGAAAACAAUAUAUUUACUACACAAAUACACUUAGGAAAAACUUCCUAAUUGAAAUGGUUUGGCAUAGUACUAUUUGAAACAAAAAGAUGCUGUAUGAAACCUAGGUGCGCUUAUAGAAUUUCACCCACUGUUAUAUACGCGAUUUAGUUCUGUGAUGUUUUAUCGAAGGAAACGUUCGAUUGUUUUAUAGAAAUGUGUGCGCGCGUGUGGGUGUGUAGGCGAUCAUCAAAUGGUCGAUCACAACGUCGGGCGCGCAAAUUGUGCCCCGAGUCCAACAGGGACUUUGUUGAAAAAAAAAUAACCGAAAUGUGAUAUUUAUAACAUAUAUGUAUACAUAUUUUAAGUUUGCCAGGAUUAGCAGCUAGUAGAAAGGGAACACGCAGCCGGUAGUUUUGUAAAAAAAAAAUACACUUCGAAAAGGUACACGCGUUUCGCCAAUUUUAAGAGCCCGCUUGGAGAACCCAAGCAGAGUUGCCUCAUUAGCAUGACAAUUGCCUUUCAUUAGCCGUGGGAGGGCUGCGCGAAAGAUCACAGCUCACACAGGUGUGGCUUUUUUCGGCCACCUCCUUCCUCCUAAGCUGUGAAAGCCGGGAUCCCAGCAGGUAGGGGGACCUUCCCAUGAUCUUCCUCGAUGUUUGGCUGAACAAAUUACAGGUGCCAUAUAGUUUUUAGCAUUCGCCACCACUGUGCGAGCCAAGUGCGAAAUCGGGGGCUGGAUACACAGAGAAUACGUAUACAAUACAAUUCCCCUGGGGUAAUAGAAAUAACACAAAACAGGUAAUAAAAGCAACACCUUUCUCUCCGUCGCAGCGAGCCUUCGGGAAUUCCCA